AUGAGAGUGUGUGAACUUCUGACAGCUGGCUGCUCUGUUGUGGCGAAUGAGCUGCCGCUCCGUCGGCUGUCGGUGUCGGCAUCAGCCAAUGUGUGUGUUGACUCCUGGCCUACAUUCACUACUGUCAUUUGUUACCGUCAAAAACAGCGUUUCAGUAGCAGCUACGGGACGAUUCCUGACAUCUGCUCCUUCUUCACCAAGAACCCGGGAACUCUGAGAAGUCUGCUGCUUAAUGAGAGAGCCGUGAACUGGAGGAAUGGACUCAGAUUCAGAGGAAGGUGUUGCCGCUGCCAAUUUCCAUUCUGGAUGAGUCCCACGCGGAGCUCGUUGCCACACACCUGCCACGGAGGCAGCCGGGAGAGCCUCAACCACGUGAGGGCCUGUAUCCGCCAUCUGCCAAACCACUGCGUGACGGAUGAGGAGGGCCGGCUCGUGUCGUGGAUGCCGUCUGACGAGCUGUGUGAGCUGAGGAUGGCGUUCACUCUACCAGAGUACAGACGGGCCGGUCACCUCCUGGCUCUGUCUCUCGCUCUGAUCCGCAGGAUGAGCUCGGCGGGUCUGCCCGUCUACUGCAACAUCAGCCAGCAGAACCAGGCCGCCAUUAACGCCAUGACCAAACUCGGCUUCUCCACUCGUCCCAGUAUGGAGGAGAUCUCAGUGCUGCUAAUAUGCAAGGACAGAGUCUGAGUCUGAGGGAGCCAAAAGACAAUACAAUCUGGAAAAAGUGAGGUUUUAUUGUAAAAGUUGAAAAUGUUACAGUACUCAGGGAAUGCUGCACUUUAGAGAGUUUAGUCCAGUUCUGAUAGCAAACUGCAAAUAGAACAAACUCAAAAAUAACAUUUUCUGUGGCUUAAGGGUGAAAUGUGAUGAA